GCUCAGGAUCGGCAUCGCCUACGGAGUCUGUGCCCAUCGUAACCAUCAGGAAUAUCCUCAACUACAUGAACCGCGAUGAGAUUAGCCAGCUCCGCCUGAUGUUCCUUACCGUGUACCUUAGUAACAACGAGCAGCAUUUUACCGAGGUGCCAAUCACACCAGAAACCACCUGCCGGGAUGUCCUAGAACUCUGUAAGGAGCCGGGGGAAACAGACUGCCACUUAGCCGAGGCGUGGCGAGGCACAGAGCGCCCCGUGGCAGAUAACGAGCGUAUGUGCGAGGUGUUACACAAGUAUGGUGCACAGAGGAACGAAGCACGGUUUUACCUUCGCCAUGAACGCCCUCCAUCCAGAGAAUCAGUGAAUGUACAGAGAGUCCACGACCCGAAUGCUAAAAGGAACGGAGUGAAGAUGCCCAGCGAGAGGAGAAUGGAGAACGGGGUAAAUGGCCCCAGGAUGGACAUGACUUUAGCGGAGCUGCAAGAGAUGGCUGCCAGGCAGCAGCAGCAGAUCGAAACUCAGCAACGGAUGUUGGCCACCAAGGAGCAGAGGCUGAAGUACCUGAAGCAGCAAGAGCAGAGGCAGCAGCAGCAAGCCAACGAGCAGGAGAAGCUCAAGAGGCUCCGGGAUAUUGCAGAGAACCAAGAGGCCAAGCUGAAAAAAGUGCGGGCCCUUAAGGGCCACGUGGAGCGGAAAAGGAUCAGUAAUGGAAGACUGGUGGAGGAAAUCGAGCAGAUGAGUAACCUGUUCCAGCAGAAGCAGAAGGAGCUCACAGCAGCCGUGUCCAAGGUGGAAGAGCUCAGCCGACAGCUGGAAAUGCUGAAGAACGGACGCAUCGAAGGUUACCAUGACAACCAGGCAGCGGUUUCUGAGCUUGAUAGACUGUAUAAAGAGCUUCAGCUGAGGAACAAGCUGAAUCAGGAGCAGAAUGCCAAGCUGCAGCAGCAAAGGGACAAUCUGAACAAGCGCAACGCCGAGGUGGCGACCAUGGACAAACGCGUGAAUGAGCUGCGCGAGCGCCUGUGGAAGAAGAAAGUGGCCCUGCAGCAAAAGGAGAACGUACCACAGGUACCGAGCACUCCCAGCCGAGUGGCUGCUGUGGGCCCUUACAUUCAGUCGGCCACCAUGCCGAGGGGCCCUUCUUCUAGGCCGGAGCUGGUUGUUAAACCAGCGUUCCCUGAAGGGACCAGCACUACACAAGUACCUGAUGUGCCACUGAAAUCCCAAACCCUGCCCAACAUGAAGUCUGCAUCCCAGGGCAAAAACUCACAGGGUUCCGGGGGCUACAGUAUUAAACCUCAGGCGGGGGGCAAUAAUUGGAGUGAUGCAAAUGGUGAUAUCCAGGGAACCGGCGCUCUCGGCACUGCCGGACAGGCCACGAGCGCUGAGAAGGACAAGAAGACCCGACCAAGUUCGAUGUUUGAUUCUGUCGAGCCUCCUCCUGGGCCUCCGAAUUUCGGAACAUUGCGCAAAAAUCAGAGUAGCGAGGACCUCCUGAGAGACCCACAGGCCACUAAUAAAGGAGUGAUUAAGGUGCCCCCACCUGUACCAUCUAAGCCAAAACAAAUCAGCCUGUCUCAGUAUGGCCCUCCCCCCCCGCCCCCUGUGACUGAGCCCAAGUCGGAUGGCAGUUCCCAGAAGCCCCCUGCGUCACUACAAGGAAACAAGCAAAGAGCAGCCCAGCAAGCAAGAGUCCCCGUUCCCUCGAAUCCUGAACUUGCCCCUGCGCCCAAAGUGGACAUUCCACCUGCUAUAGCCGUCCGGCCCUUCACCCCCCAGCCUGCUAAGGAGCCCCCUCCUCCGCCCCUCCGCAAGCCCCAGACAGUCGCUACGAGCUCCAUUUACUCCAUGUACACAAAGCAGCAAACCCCCGGGAAGAAUUACACCGUGCAAGGCGCCCUCGCCCGAUCCCAGACGCGACAGCCCUUCUCCAGUGUGUAUGGCAAACCAGUGCUCAAUGGAUCCCAGAGCCAACAGACAAUGAACCAAUCGGCAGACAGCACUUGUGUGGAUGGGCAGAUUAAAUCAAACAGCCCCGAGCCAGAGGGGGAUACCCCAGUGACUGGCCAGGAGAGCCAAGAGACUGAGAGAAUUCCUCGCCCCCUUAGCCCAACCAAACUCCUGCCAUUCCUCUCCAACCCCUACCGGAACCAGAGCGACGCUGACUUGGAGGCACUGAGGAAGAAACUUUAUAAUGCCCCCCGACCACUGAAGAAGAGGAGCUCUAUCACCGAACCCGAGGGCCCCAAUGGACCAAACAUUCAGAAGCUUUUGUACCAGAGGACUACUCUGGCUGCCAUGGAGACUAUAUCUGCCCCUAAGCAAAGCCCCGUGGCAUCCAUCUCUGAGAACUCUGGGGAGGGGCCCGGGGUACAUGUGACUGCAGACCAGGAAGUAGAAUCCCUGGAGGAAAGCGCUUCUUCCCUGCAGGAUCUUGAGCCGGAAACGAGAGAUCCGAUUGUGGUUCCGGAAGAAAUUGAACUGCUUUCUCCAGUUUUGGGCCCAGACUGUGUCCCUGAGGGGAUACCUGGGGAUAUUCUCCCCCUUCCACCUCCUCCUGAGGAGCUGAAUGUGGUUACAGCCCAGCCCCCUGACACUUACAUAGAGGAGUACCCCCCAUAUCCUCCCCCUCCGUAUCCCACCACCGGGGAGCAGGACAGCCUGGUUGAAGAUCCAUCCAACUUGCGACCUCCAGAGAUCACCGGCCAGUUCUCCCUUCCUCCUGGUAAAAGAACGAACCUGCGGAAGAACGGAUCCGAGCGCAUCGCCCACGGAAUGAGGGUGAAAUUCAACCCCCUGGCGCUGCUCCUGGACGCCUCGUUGGAAGGAGAAUUCGACCUCGUACAGAGAAUCAUCUAUGAGGUUGAGGAUCCCAGCCAGCCCAACGACGAAGGCAUCACGGCCCUGCAUAACGCAGUGUGCGCCGGUCACACCGAGAUUGUGAAGUUCCUGGUGCAGUUUGGGGUGAAUGUAAAUGCAGCUGACAGUGACGGCUGGACCCCGUUACACUGUGCCGCGUCGUGCAAUAACGUGCAAGUGUGCAAGUUCCUGGUAGAGUCCGGCGCCGCCGUGUUUGCAACUACGUACAGUGACCGGCAGACCGCCGCCGACAAGUGCGAGGAGAUGGAGGAGGGAUACAGCCAGUGCUCCCAGUUUCUCUAUGGGGUGCAGGAGAAGAUGGGCAUUAUGAACCGGGGGAUUCUCUACAGCCUGUGGGACUACGAGGCCGAGAGCGACGACGAGAUGUCUCUGAGAGAAGGAGACUGCAUGAGCAUCCUGCGCCGGGAAGAUGAAGAUGAGACGGAGUGGUGGUGGGCCCGAUUGAGUGACAAGGAGGGAUACGUCCCCCGCAACCUGCUCGGGGUGGUUUCCCAUUUCCAUUCUUCACAUAACA